CUUGAAAAACCCACAUGAGAAGGUGAAUUCAAAAUGUCAGGAAUAGCCAUUGGAAGACUGAGUGAAGAACGCAAAGCCUGGCGCAAGGAUCAUCCAUUUGGCUUUGUUGCAAGACCCACUAAAAAUCCUGAUGGUACUUUGAAUUUAUUAAAUUGGGAGUGUGCAAUACCUGGCAAAAAGGGAACACCGUGGGAAGGAGGAUUAUACAAACUCAGAAUGUUAUUUAAGGAAGAUUACCCUAGCUCACCUCCUAAAUGCAAGUUUGAGCCUCCACUGUUCCACCCCAAUGUGUACCCGUCAGGGACAGUGUGUCUGUCUCUACUGGACGAAGAGAAAGACUGGCGUCCGGCCGUCACGAUUAAACAGAUUUUAUUGGGUAUCCAAGAACUGUUAAAUGAACCUAAUGUGAAGGAUCCAGCUCAAGCAGAGGCCUACACCAUCUACUGUCAAAAUCGCGUGGAGUAUGAACGACGUGUUCGAGAGCAGGCUGUCAGAUUUCGGGAUCCUUCCUUAUAACUGGAAACGUGAGAUAAACAAUUCAGGGAUGAUAUUGUGUUACGUAUUUCUAAAGCUCUCAAACUGGUGAAAUGAAACAGACCUUUAUAUAUGCUUUAUUUCUGGCAGGAUUCAGUAGAUAUCAAUCAUUCAGUGCUUCUUCAUGGACGGAUUAUUUGUGCAUUCUGUUGUACUAUUCACCAAGAAGAGAGAGACUUCUUCCUUCAAUGUUGGUGCAUUGUUUGUGACAUUAAUUAUUAAAGCAGUGCAUUUUAAUGUUGUUGACAUGUUUAAGAAAUCUCCAAUUUUAUAUUAACCUUUUUUUUCUGUAAUUCAUGUUUUGGUCUGCCAAAAUUGGGAUUUGGUAAAAUAAAAUUCAAAAUUUUUUUAAAUACAUGUAUUUUUUUUCUUCAAACAAAUGUUAUGGGUUUGAUGGAUUCCAUAUACAUGUAUGUGAAAUUCAUGAGACUACCAAAGUGAAGUUGUAAAUAAAGUAUUUUUGAAAAACUACA